AUGACGUUGAGAACUAUCCAUUUUGUUUUACUCAGGUAUCAAUUUUUUCUGCAAGUUCGGAAGGAUAUACUCGAGGGACGGCUUCCCGUGUCGAAGCCUGUGGCUGCUCACUUAGCUGGAUUGGCGCUUCAGUCUGAACUGGGUGACUUCAGUGCGGAUGAGUGCCGACCGGGUUAUGUAGCGCAGUUCCGUUUCAUGCAACAACAAACGGCCGAGUUCGAAACCCAAGCGUCAGAUUGGCAUCGCAAAUCCAGUUCAAUGCUCCCGAAUGCCGCUGAAUUGGAAUUUCUCAAUGUCGCUCGCCAACUGGAUCGAUACGGUGUCAGGACACAUGAUGCUAUGGUAAGUACUAGCGAGCCACGGGCUCUACACUGA